AGAGCGAGAAAAAAGAAAAGGAAAGGAGAUUCGAGAAGUAGAAGUAAAGAGAGGGAGAGAGAGAUGGAGUAAAUUACGGUUAAGGGUCUCUCCAUUUUGAUUCAACUUUUCUUGCGCCUAAUUUCCGAUGCCCUAACGGAGGUCCGAUUUACGGUCUCAAUCUCGCCGGAGGCGGAGAUAGGGGUUUUCCGAUGAUGGCUUCGAGUUUCAGAAUCGUCUUCCUCCUCCUCCUCGUCGCCGCCAUAGCCAUCGCUUGCUUUACUCUCCCCAUCCAAAAGAUUUUGAAGGACUUCUUGUUAUGGGUUCAUCAGGAUCUUGGCAUUUGGGGGCCAGUUGUGCUAGCUGUUGCAUACAUUCCAUUGACAAUCAUGGCUGUUCCAGCCUCAAUCCUGACACUUGGGGGUGGUUACUUGUUCGGGUUGCCCAUUGGCAUUGCUGCUGAUUCUAUUGGUGCAACUGCUGGAGCUGGGGCUGCAUUUCUUCUUGGAAGAACUAUUGGUAAGUCAUUUGUUACCUCCAAGUUAAAGGACUAUCCGCAGUUUCGUUCAGUUGCAAUUGCAAUUCAUAGAUCUGGAUUUAAGAUCAUUCUGUUACUUCGGCUUGUUCCCUUGCUUCCCUUCAACAUAAUGAAUUAUCUUUUGUCUGUGACUCCUAUUUCACUAGGGAAGUACAUGUUGGCUUCCUGGUUGGGAAUGAUGCCAAUUACAGUUGCAUUAGUAUACAUUGGAACAACUCUUAAGGAUCUAUCUGAUGUGACUCACGGCUGGAAUGAAUUUCCAAAGUCUGAUUGGGCAUUUAUCAUGCUGGGUCUUUUCGUAUCUGUGGUUCUCAUAAUUUGCAUUAUGAGAGUUGCCAAGGCUGCUCUAGAUAAAGCUUUGGCCGAAAAUGAGGAUUACGACGAUAUCACAUCGGGUCAACUACCAGUUGUUGCUGAUGUUCUUGUAGAUUUCAAGCAGCCUUUGAUACUCAAGAUAGACCCAACUGAAGAUAACCAUGAAAAAUGACAAUGAAAGCUUAUGGUUUGUAAUCUCUCUGUACAGUUCCAUAACUUAGGGACUUAGUUCCAUAAUCUGCUUUUAAGUAGAAGAAGAAGCCUGAUUUCUUUUGAUUGAGCAAUGUAUUAUUAGAGUGGCUUAGCUUGUGUAUUUUGAUUGGGGAUGAAUAUAUAUAUAAUAGCUUUUAGGCAGUCCCUUGAACUUUUCUGUAUCAUAUUUCUAGGAAAGAACAAAAGGAAGAUCUUGACAGAUUUCAUCUGCGAUGGAAACGAAGAGUAAAGUAAUCCAGAUUGGUACAA